CCUGCGGCCCCUUUAAACAAAAGAAGAGCUUAUAUUUCGCGCUUUUAUGGACAACGUUAAUUAAAAUAAACGCCCCGAGUCGCGUUUCCGAGGCCCUCCGAUCUCGCCCGAAGAUGCCGCCCGUGGUGUGGCCGCGCCCCUCGCAGGGCGCUUGGGUAGUCGGCAGCCAAUAGGCGUCCGUCUUGCUGCCCAGUGGCGCGGCGGCGGCGGCUGGGAUCUCGGCUUCGGCCAGCAUGAUCCGGAUCGCCGCGCUCAACGCCAGCUCGGCCGUGGAGGACGACCCCGAGGGAACCCUCAAGAGCCACAAGUCGCAGACCAAGGAGGCGCAGGAAGCAGAAGCCUUUGCCCUCUAUCACCAGGCACUGGAUCUUCAGAAACAUGACCUCUUUGAAGAGUCGGCCAAGGCCUACCACGAACUGCUGGAGACUCAUCUGUUGCGCGAAGCAGUUGCAUCUGGAGAUGAGAGGGAGGGGUUGAAGCAUCCAGGCUUGAUGCUGAAGUAUUCAACUUACAAGAACUUGGCCCAGCUGGCUGCCCAGCGAGACAACAUCGAGACAGCUAUGGAAUUCUACCUGGAGGCUGUGCUACUUGACUCCACGGAUGUCAACCUAUGGUAUAAAAUUGGCCAUGUGGCCCUUCGGCUUACUCGCCUGCCCCUGGCACGGCAUGCUUUUGAAGAAGGGCUUGCAUGUAAUCCAGAUCAUUGGCCUUGUUUAGAUAACCUCAUCACUGUCCUCUACACCCUCAGCGACUACACAACGUGCUUAUAUUUUAUUUGCAAAGCGCUGGAAAAAGAUAACUCUUACAGCAAAGGACUUGUUAUUAAGGAGAAGAUCUUUGAGGAACAGCCGUGCCUCAGAAAGGACUCCAUAAGGAUGUUUCUGAAAGGUGACCUGCCAGUGUGUGAUGUGCCUGUGAGUGCCUCAGAAACACAAACAAUCCUAGAGGAAGCCCUGGAGCUGCGCAGGAAAAGGCAGGCUUUGAUGGCACGGAAGAAUGAGCCAGAUCUCAAGCUUGCCCAGCCUAUCUCUUUGUUCACCUGGAAAUCUCUAGGAGAGAGUUUGAUGGCCACUUACUUGCAUCUCACAACUUGUGAGCCACCUCGUCCAAGCUUGGGCAAGCAAAUUGAUCUCUUGGAAUACCAAGAUCUGGACCAGCAUCUGGAGAGCCAGGCAAAUGUAGCCCCCGUCAGUGUUCUUCACCCCAGCCCUGUCAGUUCCAACCCACUGGUGCCUUUGACUGAACCUCUCCUCACGUAUACACCACUGACUCCUAACUUCCCCAGUUUGACUGUACUGGAAUCAGUAAACUCUGCAGGAGAUGCUUCUGGGGGUGACAAAUCUAAGAAAGGGUUGAAACGGAAGAAAAUCAUGGAAGAGAGUGGUGAAACAGCGAAGAGGCGAUCUGCUCGAGUCAGGAAUACCAAGUGCAAAAAAGAAGAAAAAGUCGAUUUCCAGGAGCUGCUAGUAAAGUUCCUUCCUUCUCGCCUGAGGAAGCUGGAUCCAGAAGAAGAAGGUCCAUUCAACCACUAUGAGAUCCAAAGCACAACAAAGGAUGAGAACUCCCAGCCCCUGGGCUCCCAUAGGAUGUCCCUUGACCUGACAGUCUGCAUGGAAUCUGAGAAGCAGGAUGUUCAUAAGUUCCUCUUGGCUAAUUUGAACAACGGAGGCAUACUUGAACUGAUGAUGAGAUACCUGAAAGUCAUCAGCCAGAAGUUCCUGGUCAAGUGGCCACCAGGCUUGCCCGAGGUUGUUCUGAAUAUCUACAACAACUGGAGAAAGCACAGCAGCAGCCUACCCAACCCACUAUUAAGGGACUGUCACAACCAACACAUCAGGGAGAUGAUGCUGAUGAGUCUGUCCUGCAUGGAAUUGCAGCUGGAUCAGUGGUUGCUGGCCAAAGGGAAGAGUUCCAUGGUAUCUCCCAGGAAUGGUCCUGCAGCCAGCUUGGCCAAUGGCAAAUUUGGCCCAGAUUUUCCGGGCACGCACUUCUUGGGGGAUCUCCUGCAGCUCUCAUUCGCUUCUUCCCAGCGGGACCUCUUUGAGAAGAGUUGGUUGCAGUUUGCCGUCCGAGUGUAUUGGCUGAAAGCUCGGUUUCUGGCUCUGCAGGGUGAAAUGGAGCAGGCCCUGGAGAACUACGAUGUCUGCACGCAGAUGCUUCAACAUUCUGCUGCCCUCAAAGCCGACUCUGACAGCGACAAGAGGAUGGUGAUCAGACUGCCCAACCUCCAUGUUGACUCUAUGGUUUCUUUGGAAGAGAUUGAUAAGAAUCUGAAGUCCCUGGAGAGAUGCCAAUCUUUGGAGGAGCUUCAGCGCUUGUACGAGGCUGGGGACUACAGGGCUGUGGUUCAGCUGCUCCGCCCAACUUUGUGCCUCAAUGGGGACAGCAGGACGGAGCAUUUGGAGUUGGCCAUCUCCAUUCCAGAGAGGCCAGCCCAACUUCUCUUGCUACAGGACUCCCUUCUUCGGCUGAAGGAUUAUCAGCAGUGCUUGGAAUGCUCCGAAGUGGCCUUGAACGAAGCUUUCCAGCAGAUGAUCAAUACAACAACUGCCUCAGCCAAGGAAGAGUGGGUGGCCACUGUGACUCAGCUGCUCCAGGGCAUCAGUCACUCCCUCUCAGCAAACAGCAGCAGCCUGAGUGAAGUUUCUGCCCUGCCGAAUCUCACCCGAUUUAGUCACAACCUCAUCCAGAUUAUUGAUUCCAGCAUGGUAGUCCAGGAGGAACCCAAAGAGCCGUUUGUGUCCUCGGUGCUUCCCUGGAUUAUUCUUCAUCAGAUUAUUCAGCAUGAAGAAGAAAACAUCCAGCCCCUUUACUGUCAACAUGAGAAGCUGCAGAAUCCACAGGAAGGAGUGUCUCCAAUUCAAGACACGCCUAUGCUGCCCCCUUCCCUUAUGCUGCUGAACACUGCCCAUGAAUACCUUGGAAGGAGAUCCUGGUGCUGCAACUCAGAUGGAGCUCUGCUUAAAUUUUAUGUGCGGGUUCUGCAAAAAGAGCUUUUAGCCUCCACCACAGAAGACACCCAUCCUUAUAAAGAGGAGCUGGAGACCGCCCUGGAGCAGUGUUUUUAUUGCCUGUACGGCUUCCCAAGCAAAAAGAGCAAAGCCCGGUACUUGGAAGAGCAUUCUACCCAGCAGGUGGAAUUGAUCUGGGAAGAUUCCCUAUUCAUGUUUGAAUAUUUUAAGCCCAAGACCCUUCCUGAAUUUGACAGCUAUAAAACCAGUACAGUCUCUGCUGACCUAGCCAACCUUCUGAAGAAGAUGGCCACGAUUGUCCCUCAAACAGAUAAGCCUAUGCUGAGAUUGGAAGAAGUGUCGAGUUACAUUGAAGGGACCUUGAGCAAGGUGCCAUCCCUCCCGGAGGGUGCCGACUUCUCUCCUCCAGUGGUGACCGAGCUAUACUACCUCCUGGCUGACUACCACUUCAAGAAUAAGGAACAGUCCAAGGCCAUCAAGUUCUACAUGCAUGACAUCUGCAUCUGCCCAAACAGGUUUGACUCAUGGGCAGGCAUGGCCCUGGCCCGGGCCAGCCGCAUUCAGGAUAAGCUGAACUCCAAUGAACUGAAGAGCGAUAGCCUCAUCUGGAAGCAAUCCACCCCAGUGUUGAGCUGCUUCAAACGAGCCCUUGAGAUCGAUGGCUCCAACCUCUCGCUCUGGAUAGAGUAUGGCACCAUUUCCUACGCUCUGCACUCGUUUGCCUCCCGGCAGCUGAAGCAGUUGAAACCAGAGCUGCCCUCGGAGGUGGUGCAGCAGAUGGAAGAGCGGCGCAAUGGCAUGUUGGAAACGGCCAAGCACUGCUUCACGUCAGCUUCCCGCUGCGAGGGUGACGGAGACGAAGAGGAGUGGCUGAUCCAUUACAUGCUGGGGAAGAUUGCGGAGAAGCAGAAGCAGCCCCCGGGGGUCUAUCUCUUUCACUACAAGCAGGCGGGUCACUUCUUGCACGAAGAGGCAGCACGGUACCCCAAGAAGAUACACUAUCAUAACCCCCCAGAGCUUGCCAUGGAGGCCCUGGAGGUCUACUUUCGGCUCCACGCGUCAAUCCUAAAACUGGUGGGAAAACCUGACUCUGGAGCAGAUGCUGAGCUGCUGGUGACUUUUAUGAAAGAAGCUGCUGAGGGCUCCUUUGCCAGGGGAGAGGAAAAAAACACUCCCAAGCUCUCUGAAAAGGAAAAGCUUUGCAUGGCAGAUGAGGACUCGCAUUCUUCUGCAGGAACUCUGCCAGGCCCCGGGACUUCCCUGCUCUCUUCCUCUGGUCCAGGUCUGACUUCCCCACCCUACACAGCCACUCCAGUUGACCACGAUUACGUCAAAUGUAAAAAAAGCCAUCAGCAGGCAACACCGGAUGCUGCCUUCAUCAGUCAGCAGGAUCCUGCUUCCCUGGGCCUUGAAGACAGGAGUCAGGACAGCAUGGCGGUUGGGCUUUCGGACUCCAAUUCCACCCAGGACACCUUUAUGGAGCUUGCCAGCCUCCCGGACAGCAACAAGAAGACUUUUCCCGAGGGGAGGCCCUUGGCUUCCUGCUUGGAUGCCACAGCACCCGGGAAAGAGAGCCUGGUACCCACAGAGGAGAGGGGAAAGCCGGAAGACCCUCUGGGCAGCCCUGACGCCUGCCGUGCUGCGGAACAGAAGCCCUCUCCCCAGGGACCUUGCAAGUUCUCUGCUCCCCCCCUCUCCCAGGGGGACCCGAAUAGACCAAUGGAGCUCCUCUGCACCAGCCAGUUUGCCCAGGGCCUCCCCACAAACCUGGAGGAGCAGCGCACUUUUCUGACUGAGCACUGCAUAGCCGCCUUCCACCUCUGCCUCAGCCGCUUCCCUCAGCACUACAAGAGUCUCUACCGUCUGGCCUGCCUCUAUGCCUGCAGCCCCACCCAUAAGAAUCUGCCGUGGGCGCGCGAUGUGCUGCUAGGCAGCAGUUUCCCCUGGCAGCAGCUGAGGCACAUGCCAGCACAGGGUCUCUUCUGUGAGAGGAACAAGACCAACUUCUUCAACGGAAUAUGGCGCAUCCCUGUGGAUGAAAUUGACCGUCCUGGUAGCUUUGCCUCUCAUAUGAACCGCUCCAUUGUUCUGCUGCUGAACGUGCUGUCCCAGCUCAAAGAUUACCCCACUUUGCUGAAAAUCUCCUCUAUGCUGCAGAGGACCCCUGACCAGGGAAAGAAAUACUUGCGGGAUGCAGAUCGCCAGGUUCUUGCCCAGCGGGCCUUUGUUCUCACCGUGAUGGUGCUAGAGGACAUGUUGCAUGAGCUCACCGAGGUAUCCGAAGAUCAAAGCAACCAGGGCUGUGACAUUUUGGAGAGAAGAAUGACUACUGAUGUCUUUCAGAAGGCAAGUGUGGAUGAUGGUCAGGAAACCCUGCCCCCAAAGGCAGCCUUGUCUGGUGGGGAGGGAGCAUCUUAUGGCACUGAGGAUGUCUCCCAAGAAGAGGGCCAGGACCAGCCUCUCACUGCCAUGGAGCCAGACGAGGGCAAGCCGGAAAAAAUCCCAAAAGAGGUGUCUCCGUCAGGCCCUGCCGAGCCCAUGGAGUGCGACCACUUUGCUGCUGACCCUGAAAAAAUGGAGGCCUCCUUUCUUUAUCCUGAGCCAGCCCAAGUGCCCUCUGGCAAGGUCUGCAAGGACAAAGCCCCCGAGAGCCGGACCACGGCAGAACUGUCUCUGGAGGACUUAAGCAUCAGCUCCAAGCACCAGCAGCUGGAGGCAGGAAAGGCCCAAGGCCAGGCCGGCCCCACAGAGGAGACCAGCCAGAAGCCCAGCCGGAAGAGGAAGCUGGCCGGGGACACGGAGUCUGGGAAGACCCUCCUUCUGGAUGCCUACCGCGUGUGGCAGCAAGGGCAGAAGGUCAUGACCUAUGAUUUAGGCAAAAUUGAGAAGAUCAUGUCUGAGACUUACAUGCUCAUUAAGCAAGUUGAUGAAGCGGCAGCUCUAGAACAGGCCGUCAAAUUUUGCCAAGUGCACAUUGGCGCUUCUGCCCAAAAACAGUCAGUUGGAGAUGCUCCAGCCACCCCAAAGCACCCCAGAGAUAGUAGGGACAACUUCUUUGCUGCUGCCCCUAAGUCUUUGACGCCCCCCAUGGGGACUGCUGCGGAUGCCACCUCCUCGGUUGCAGAAGCUCUGCCCAGACUGGCAGACCAGCAGAGCAAGCCCAAAGCAGCUUCACCCUCCUCCUCCUCUUCUUCCUCCACUGGUGGUCUCCUUGCGCCACCACAGGAGCCGGCAGGGGUGGAGAACAUCAAGGAGAUGCCUCCUACAUCCAGUCUCAAGCCUGACAAAGAAGAGGCGAGCAGAUCGGAGCCACUCCUGGCGGGAUUGCAGCAAGAAUCCCUCCGCUGCCAGCAGAUGAAAAUGGCUACCAUCAAUCCCUCUUCCGGUCUACCACCCUGGAAGGUGGAGCUGGAGUCAGCAGGACAGAUGUGGGGUCCAGCAUCCAGUUCCAAGACAGAACUCACAGCAGACGGGCAUUCCCUGGGGAGGCAGAUCAGCAAAGCUAGCAGCAGCCGAGUGAAGUCCCGCACCUUGCCUAGCGUGCCAAAGCUCUUCAUCCCUUCAUCCGUCUCCAAAUUCCCGCCUGAGAUCACCGUCACUCCACCAACACCCACCCUCCUGUCCCCAAAGGGCAGCAUCUCGGAAGAGACCAAGCAGAAGCUCAAGUCUGCGAUUCUUUCAGCCCAGUCAGCAGCCAACGUGAAGAAGGAGAGCCUCUGCCAGCCUGCCCUAGAGGUAGUGGAGACCUCCAGCCAAGAGUCUUCUCUGGAGAGCGACUCGGAAGAGGAGGAGGAGGACAAUGACUGCAUGGACAUCUGAAGCAUCUAGGCUGCCCCUGGGGGGUGCAGGGUGUGAUGGACAGAGAGAGGCCCGCCCUGCCUGCCCACUGCCCAGGGAGCCCCCGUUUGCUUGCCUUGCCUCUGUCUUUGCCACUGCUGCUUUGACCCCAGGCUAGCAUUGUCCCCCGACUCUCCUUCCUUCCUUCCUUCCUCUGGGCCAGCUCUUGCAACCCUUGGCAUGCUGCUCCUGCUCCUGACCCCCUGGCUGGGGGGAAGAAACCUUCAGCCAUGGCUGAACAGGGCCAAGAAGCAGCUGUGCUCCCAUGCCUGCGCCCUUCAUUCUCACCCGCUUCUCUCGCUGUUGCCUGAAAGGAGCUCCCCAGCCGAGCUCUGCCGCUGCUGGCCGUUUGCAUGAAGAGGCAUCAGUCGAUUGGGGCAUCACUGACCGAGAAAUAGAAUGGUUUUCGGUACCAUUUUGAUAAUGUCUGUUUUUUUAUAGAAUGACGCAAAAAGUGUACAUGCUUUGUUUUUUAAGUCCCUGUGGCAAGAUUGGUCGCAUUUAUAUGGGAGACAAUAAAGAAGACCAAGAAUUUUUCUACUGAAUGUUGUAAUUUGUAGCAUAACUAAUGCAAAUCCUGCACAGGAACCAGGAUGUGUAUCACUUAAGCCUAUGUGGAGCUUAUCAGGCUGGGUUUCAGUCUGUUGGGGCGGCUAUUAUAUAAAGGGUGCAAUACAGAGCUUUGUAUAAAUACACAUUUUUCUAAUAAAGUCAAAGCAUGUCUCCCC